AGCAGCAGCAGCAGCAACAAUAACAAAUGGACUUUAAGAGCCCGUUGGAGAUGAGCGCGCGCAGGCGCCGCAGUCAUAUAACGGCCCAACCGCAGCAGCAGCAGCAACAGCAGCAGCAGCAGCAGCGACGCAAAGCUACAGCUCAGCAGGAGCGGGCAGCUGGCAGCAGGAGCAAAGCGGCAGCAAAGCAAGCACCGCAGCUGAGCAAGACACGAGCCAACAACAUGACCAUUGCCGUCGUGCCGCCGAGUCGCCAGGGCAGCAGCAGCAGCAACAAUAACAACAACAACAGUAACCAUAACGGUAGCAGCGGCGGUGGCAGUGGCGCGUGCAAAGGCAAAAAGCAUAAUCGCUGCACCGCAGCGGGCAGGGAGCUGCACCGCGAAGUGCAACGUCCGAUGCAGCAGCAGCAGCAGCAGCAGCAGCUUCAGCCGCCGGUGACGUCGCGUGUGGCCUUUGGCCGGACAUGCCCCGGCAUGGUGACCACGAUGACCAUGACGCACACGUCGGUGGCGACACUGAUGCGACGCGGCAGCCAAAAGGCGAGAGUGGACACGCCCCGGCCGAAGCCGAUGCAGGCGGCGCACGAGCAGCUGGAGAUGCUGCUCUCGCGCAUCGAGCAGGACGCAGCAGCAACAGCAAUGACAACGGCAAUGACGCCGCCGCCACGACGACGCAAGCCGCCGCCGUCGAAGACCGUGCGCCGUCAAAUGGAGCAUCCGCCGCCGGUGCCGACGGUGACACCGCUGAGCAGCGCACGUGGCCAAGACACGUUCAGCCUGACGCCACGCGGCGGCGGCUUUGGUGAACUGAGCCUCAGCUAUGCCGGCCAAGCGCGUGUGGAUGCAACGGGCACAGCUGUCGCCGGCGUAGCGGAGAAGCUGGUGCCGCUCACACAGAAUCCACAGCUGCUGGCGCCCGAGAAGCGUAUGGCCCUGCUCGAGCUGCUGUCCUGUGCCGAGCAGCACGACCAGGAGAUAGUCAAGAUAUUGCGCAGCGAGGUCCACAAUGGCGGUGAUCCCUCCAGAGAUACCAUGCGGCUUACCCUCCAGAUGCUGCCGCUGGCUCUGACGCCAGGAAAGUCACCGUAUUCGGAGCGGUUUUGGGCGGGUCAUCGCUAUCUGAAGGAGCGCCAGAGGCUGCAUCAGCAGCUUCAGCCGGACGACCUGCGCUACAAGGAGGUCAAGAUAUUGCGCUCCCCGAACGGCAAGUUCUUCCUAUCCAAGACGCUUGAGGAGGAACUCAAGGAUGAGAAGCAUGUGCUCGACUUCAUAGAAUCGGAGCUGCAGCGCGGCCCACUGACAAUGCCACCCGAGCAGCAAGCGCGCCAGCAGAAGGCGAUGGAUGAGCGGAUCGAGCUCGACCGACAGAAGCAGCAGGUGAGCGAGUGGCGUGCCCGCCAUCGUAUUGUCGAGCACAGGCGGACGGAGCAUCAGGUAACCAAGCGCAUGCUGAAGAAGGCUAAGCUGAUAAAGCGCCAGAAACAGGAGCAGGCUAAAAGGGACGCUACACGGCAGCGCCAGCGGCAGUCUCCGCUACAGUUGCGCCAGCGAGCCGAAGAGACCAACAAAGUCACGAUCCGCAGUAACAUCCAUGAAAUUAACGACAACGAGGUCUUCGAACUGGACAUAGACCUGAACAAUGAAGCAACAACGGACGCUGAUCAGGAAGCAGACGAAGAGGAAGACGAUGAUGUGACGCCACGUCCCUCAGCUGCUGUAGAACCCACUGAGGAGCAUGAGGAUGAUGAGGAUGAUGACGAUGAGCUGAGCGACUCGCUAAAGCAACGCCAACACUUUCAAAUGCAGUGCCAGCGCAGCAGCCUGUACGGCAGUCCCAAGUGCCUGACACCCUGGACAUUGUUUUCCAACAUUACCAAAACCCUAAUCGGGCAGCUCACGGCGAACAUAGACACCGAACUCCAUCGGAGCAUUGCCAACUUUCUCAAGGACUUUGUGGAUAAUGAUGCGCGCCUGGCCAAACAAACCAUUUAAUGUCGAUUGACAUCCAGGUCCACAUAGCUAAUGCAAGCUGCAAGUAUCGCUCGGAUUCAGUCUCUAUUCAUGUCAGAAUGCGUUAGUUCGACCUCUGGUAAUCAACAAAUUGUACGUGCACCAAAUGUAUACAGAUAUGUACACAUAGAUAAAUCAAAAUUUGCUUUUGUGCCCGGAUAAAAAUAGGGCGUAAAUGCCAUAAAUAAAUACACGCUUUUUCCUUUGUAUAAUUACCUAAUAAA